GAGGUCACUUUAGGGCCGCUGCUAUUCAGGUCACUUGGGAAGGAAGCUUUGUGAAGAAAUGCAAAUGUUCAAGUUCUCGAGGGAGAAGUUGAGCUGAAAAAGGAAAGCUGGUCGCCAGCUUUCUCUCUCUCUCACAAGGCUGGUCAACAAUCCGCGUUCAGGAUGAAGUUUUAUGGAGCUCUGAUCCUGUUUACGACUCUGUCCGCAGCAUGUGGAUUAAGAUGCUACACAUGCACAGCUGCCGACCCCAGAUCCUGCAUAGACACCAAAUCUUGUCCUGUUAUCUUCAACCGUUGCUUUUCUCUCAGAGUAGAUGGUUAUAACAUGGUUACGAAGGGCUGCCAAUCCAGCAUCGCAUGUGUCGGUGCUGUGACUUGCUGUGAAGGAGAUUUGUGCAACAGCGCCAUGCCAACUGGUCCCAGCGUCUUCCUGCUGCUGGUGUCCUCAGCCAUCCUCGUGGUCUUUCUCUGAGGCUCAGGAAAUUUUCGAUGCUGCACUUUUUUUCUGAAUUAAUUUGUACAAACAAAGGAGAAAUAAAGCAUCAGGCUGUGAAUUAAAAA